AUGCAAGAAGACAAUAUUCAAAACAACCAAGAUGCUGCCACACCCGUCACCAAUGCGGCUGUAGCAGCCCUUGUGGCCAACAGCCUGAAGCAGCAAGCCAACCAGUUCAAAGGCAUCAUAAAUGGCCUUCGAACUCAACUCAACAACUUCAAAGACCUUGGCAAGCAAUCUCUAGCAAAGACCCUCGAAAAUCAAAAGUUCCCGCUACACCUAAAGAAUCUCCAGUACCCCCGCCUGCACAUAGACGCCAUCCACUCCAGCCUCCUGACAGAGUUCUACGCUCGCUUCACCACUGCCAAACAAGUCAAAUCUGCAGUUACCGACCCUCGCAGCUGGUACUUGGUGGCCCAAAACGACAUACUCACGUUGAGGUCAUUGAAAAGCGCUGGCGGAAAGGUUGGACGAGCUUGCCAAAUCACUGCCCUCAACACCUUUUGCCAGCUCAUGGCAACCAGCGCUUAUGAUCACGCAAAUGUCAACCCGUCCUAUGUCAAUGCCAUGUCUCAAUUCAUCAAUACUUACAAUCAUUAUGUUCAUCAUUACAUGACACGCAAGUUCAAGACGGAGUCGAAGGAAGCUGGAAAAGUUCAAGUGGAUGGUGUGAAGAAGUGUAUUCAGAAACACAGAGAGCGGAUCCGUGAAAAAGUCCUUGCACACAGUGACGAUGAGGAAGUCCCUGGGAAAUCUUACCUCAUCAGCAAAACUCUGCCUUACCAAUCAAAAAAUGCCAGCAAGUUCAUGAGAAGACUUGACAUUGAGAUGAAGAAAGCUGCCGACAUUGCGGGAGAUACGAUUCACAAGAGGCCGUGUCGAUUGCCUAAGGAACUGGUUCCUUCCAUUUUCAAAAAGGCGCCAAAAAACUUACCUAUUGACUUCUACGACCCCAAAUGGUAUCGCUCACUUCACCCUGGCCAACAACGACUUGUGGCCCAACAAGAUCAAGUUGCACUGUUACCCAAUGCAUCUCAAUCACUCUUUCCCCAAAGCCAUCCUGAUGAAAAACUCGGAGACGCCGCGUUCAACCACAAAUAUUUAGACAUCCUCUUGCUUCCAUACGUGCCGGACGACGACCAUGAGGACGAAGCCGAUUACGUGGGUGAUGGGGAUAUUGAUGAAGGCAAUGACGAUGAUACAGACGAUGUCAUAAUGUCCGAUGACAAGUCAGAUUUUUUUUCAGGUGGAGAUUUUGGAGCUUUGUGUGAUGAUGACAAAGCUGCUUGA